UCGCCGUGGCCGUUCCCCCGCGGCCUCGCCCGCCCCGCCCCGUCCGUCUGUGAACCCUAGCCCCGCGCUCGCACGCUCCCUGUCGAGCCGCCGCCCCCGCCUCUGCUCGCCGUCGUGCCAUCGGGCCAUUUCCUCCUUCCCCGAGGACGGGGAGCCGGAGCUGCCCCCGCGCGUCGUCGAUCAUCUCCUCGCUGGCUGGACACCGUCGACCACGAAGCCGGUCUUCUCUAAGCGCGCGCCGCCGUAUGGGUCGCCAAGAUGCCGAGGCCGAGGCGGAGCUCCAGGACAUCGAGGCCGCGUACGCCGCUGAGUCCGCCAGGCGUCGCCACCUCCCCGACUGGUCCAAGACGCCAGCCCCCCGCUCCCGUCCGCCCACGGCCCAACCCAGUCCCCACGGCCGCGUGUGCCUCCUCGCCGUCGUGGGUGCUCUCUCCCCCACUUGCCAAGGACAACUUAGAACAGCUUGUGUGUGCCUCUCAGAUUCCUACAGAAGAAAGGAUACCUUUUCUUUUUUAUUGGAUGGACAACAACAUAACCACAACAAUAGAUCUAUCAGUCGACGUGAUGCGAUGCCCCUUAGCCGGGACACCAUCAAAAUGUUUGCCACAUGGACGGGCAUUUUUCCCACCAAGCAGGUGAAGGAGGAUAUGUGCAAACUUUUCAUGGAUGUGCAGAGGAUGGAGUUCGACCGGGAGAUACGAAAAAUAAGUUGAAGAGAGAGAGAGAGAGAGAGAGGGAGGGAGGGAGGGAGGGAGCUCUGAGAGAAACAGAGGAGUCGAGGAUUAUGUUACAGGACACUAGCCUAUUGGAUGAUAAAAGCAAGAAGUGGUUGAAAGCAAGAAGUGGUUGAUGAUCAUGAAGAAGAAAGAUCAACGAACGAAAUAAUAGAAACAUCUGAUUCGUUUGUGUAUGAACUACUCCUUCUGUCCCAUAAUAUAAAAACGUUUUGCAGACUAUGUUAGCUCAAAAAAUGUUCUUAUAUUAUGGGAUGCAGGGAGUAUCUAUGUAUGGAUUGUUGAAUUUUAUUUUGGCAUAUGUUGAAUUAUGGUUCAUUUUGGUUUUGUUUAA